UAUUUCCAGCAGCUUUACGCGCGGCUUCAACGUGCGUAAUUCCUCAGCCAAUUACGCACACAAUUAGACUUGCAAGAUAGCAAAAAACACAUUUUUUUCUCGUUUACUUUUACAAAACAUAGUCAUAAUUUACAUUUACUGCAUAUUUUGUCGCUUCAUUGUUUCUGGAAAGUUUUGGAGGAAUCGGUGGAAACACGCGCCGCUUUCUUUUCCUUCCUCUGUGGAACACAAGCUGCUGAUUUCUCCUUUCUCCUCCAACAUAACUGGCAUUUUCAUUCAGAAAUUGAGCCAUAAAACGGCUGAGUAAAAACCUGCUCGACUGAAGCCAACAUUUAAUCUCCUCGAUUUCAUAUUUUCGGACCAGCUGAUGAGAUAACCUGCCUUCAUGGAUUUACACAUUACACCAGAACCACUUUGUCUUGGAAGCACCUCGUCAGAUUUGAGCCAUUAUGUGGGACUGCAGCAUAUGGAAAAGGAUUGUAUUAAAUGAUUACUUCAUGCUCUCUUUAUAGAAAGAGGGGCUUUGUUAGGAGCUCUUGCCAUUUAGGCCUCUACAUUAAGUGAUUGCUGCACCAUAUUUGCCUUUCUUUAACAAGGACAGGUUCCGCCAUGAAAUCUGCACUAUAAAGUAGAGGGGUUCAUGCUUUCUGCUGUGAUGCUGGCUAAAAUGAGCUCAAUUUGAAACCUAUACGCUGAAAUGUAAUCCAACUUUUGGUAUGAACAAAUGUAGAGGUCAUUUAGGUCCCUUAUUUUCAAUAAAGUACUGCCAAAAUGUGAAUAAUGUCACAACUUCAUGAAAUUGGGCCAUUUUUCUUGUUUAACAAGAAUAAUUUCCACAUUUCAUUACAAGUCUGUCGUUGUAAGGUGUGUUCGUGAUCAUCUUUUUUACAGGGCGCUGUCCUCUGUGGUUGCCCUGGGUGCCAACAUCAUCUGCAAUAAGAUACCAGGACUGGCCCCCCGUCAGAGGGCCCUUUGCCAGAGUCGACCAGACGCCAUCAUCGUCAUCGGGGAGGGUGCCCAGCUGGGCAUCAACGAGUGCCAGUAUCAGUUCCGAAAUGGGCGCUGGAACUGCUCUGCCCUGGGCGAGAGGACGGUGUUUGGACAAGAGCUGAGAGUAGGCAGCAGGGAAGCGGCAUUCACCUAUGCCAUCACAGCUGCUGGAGUUGCACAUGCGGUGACAGCCGCCUGUAGCCAAGGCAACCUAAGCCAAUGUGGCUGCGACCGUGAGAAGCAGGGCUACCAUGAUCGGGAGGAGGGCUGGAAGUGGGGGGGCUGCUCAGCGGACGUCAAGUACGGCGUGGAGUUUUCAAGACGAUUUGUAGACGCUCGCGAGAUCAAGAAAAACGCCCGCCGGCUAAUGAACCUCCACAAUAACGAAGCAGGACGAAAGAUCCUGGAGGAAAAAACCAAGCUGGAGUGCAAGUGUCACGGCGUCUCUGGUUCCUGCACCACCAAGACCUGCUGGAUCACCCUGCCCAACUUCAGAGAGAUUGGUUACCUUUUGAAAGAGCGCUACACGGAGGCCGUUCAAGUGGAGCCCGUCCGGGCCUCACGGCUACGCCAGCCGUCCUUCCUGCGCCUUAAACAGGCUCUGGGCUACCAGAAGCCCAUGGACACGGACCUGGUGUACCUGGAGCGCUCUCCGAACUACUGCGAGGAGGACACGGUCACGGGGAGCCCAGGGACGAGAGGGAGGCUGUGCAACGGCACCUCCACGCACACGGACGGCUGCAACGUGAUGUGCUGCGGCCGGGGCUACAACACACACCACUACACGCGUGUCUGGCAGUGCAACUGCAAGUUCCACUGGUGCUGCUUUGUCAAUUGCAACACCUGCAGUGAGAAAUCAGAGGUUUUCACAUGCAAGUAGAUGCACGGAACCGAGGGACUCUGAAAGCCAAGGACUUCAGGAUAUUUAUAAAUUUUGCACAUUUUGGCAUCCUAUAGAAAAAGGAAACUCACACCAAUUGUGAGUUUUGGGAUUCACCAGGAGAGACAGAGACAACCAUCUAUGACAGCUUUUAUACUGUUGAACAUUUUUAUAUAAAAGCCACAAAACUUCUAGAGAUAAUGUUGGGAUUUUGUGAAAUAGACCCGCACAAAGAAAUUAAGUUGUAUAUUUUUUUCAUAAUCAUGUUUCUGCCAGCUUUUGCACAGCAAUCAAUAUACAUUUUUUUGUAAAUUCGAUAAAUCAGAGUGGAUUUAGGUGUGAACUUUGACUAGGCCACAAUCACUGCAGCUUUGGUUUUGAUGUUUUGAGGCAUUGCCCUAAAGUAAGAUAAACCAAUUCAUGAUGCAGUAAUCAUUAUAUAUCUCUGCAGAGAUGAUUGCCUUCAGGGUGAAAGGUUAAAAUGUUUAUUCAGGUCUUAUGCAAUGGAAGCAUGCUCUUGAUCCCCCAUAGAGUUUGCAAAAAACAAUUGAGCAUCUUUGGUUCUCUUUCAAACAUGGCUUUUUCUUGGAAAUCUCCCAUAUUGGCCACAUUUGUGGUGCAAACAGCUUCCAGUUGUUCUGUUGGCAAAAAACAAAACCAACACAAAAGCAAAAACUGGAAUAUAUGAUGCUGGCCCCACUGUGCUCAUUCUCUUCUUUUGGUCAUAAUGAUAUUAGAGUAAUCUGGCCAAAGGACCUUCUUCUUGUUUGUUGAGUGUGAUGAGUUCUCUGGACUUCAUGGUUCCGUUUUUCUUAUCACUGUUCCCUAACGAAACGCUAAAUGUAUAAGAAGAAGUACACACAAGUAUACUUUAUUUCCUAGGUGGGCGAUUGCCUUCAGAAAGGAAUUGGGAUUGCUAUAUUUUAUUUUGCAGUGUCGGAGUAAAAGGGGAUAAAUACAGAUUUAUGACACACAAUUUAUAGAUUUUAAUCUGCGGGUGAAAUUCUUGAAAUCUACACAAAGAUUUCUAUCCAUUAUUAAGCACUUAUUUAUGUUGGUCUACCACAUGAAAUAAUAAAAUACGCUAAAAUCUGUGGUUGAACCGAGGCAAGAUGUGUGAAAGUGUAAGAAGCUCAAUCAUUCUUGUAAGGGCUUUUAUUCCAUACUGGUAGAAAAGGCUGCAGUUUUAAAGGACCUGAGAUUUUUUGGGGUUAUUUUCAAGAUGAACGAUAUGUUAAGGAGGACAUGAGGAAACCGAACAUUAGAAAUUCACGCAGGACUGCCCUGGAAGAAGCCAGGUUUCAUAAUGAGGCAUCUUCUCACUGUAUUCUGUUCAAACACUGAAAAACAUGAAGGUAUUAUUUCUGUAAAACAUGCUUUCUCUGAAACAUCACAAACCACCCAAACAUAUGUCCUCCACUAUGAUCCCUAUUACUUAUUUAAAGUGAGCUCUAACUUUUUUCAACAAAUUCAGAUGUUCACUUUUCUUUAUUUUGUCGUAGGACAUAAGAGUUGUUGUAAAAAUGGCACAUUUUACAUAUAAACCACCAUCCCAUGGCCGGAGCGCAUUACUCUCAGCUUCCAACUUGAAUGGCAGUCCAUCCUGACUGCGCUCAUUGUCUUGCUGUUGGACGAGCCCCUGCUCUGCAGAAAACCACCCAGGCCCCCUGUUUGGAAAUCCAUGUUGGAGCAAACGGGUCCAAAAACAUGCAGCAUUCCCGUGAGCGGACUGAGACGCAGAAUUCCACACAGCAGCCUCUGCUUACACAAAGCCUUCCAGCGUGGUUUAGGUCCGCUCAGGCGAAUGGCACGGGACCCUAACCACAUGGAAAAGGGGGGAGGUGGGUAGGAAGGGAUCAAAGGCUCCUAUGCCGUUUCUGUACAGCACCCUUAAUGUAUUUAAAAUUGUUUAUUUAGGCUUUGUAUGAGUUACAAAACAAUUUGAAGAGUAUAUUUUUAUAUGAGGAACAUGGCACUUUAUGUCAUUUCUAGUUGGAGAAAGAAUGUUAUUGAUCUCGUCUUAUUCAUAUUUGAAGUAGAUAACUUAUUUGGAAUGUAUGUGAUUUUGGAAUAAAGGUCAUGAAAUGUAAAAUAUA